AAAUAUUAUCUUCUUACUGUUGGACUGAUCCCAGACUAAGUGACUUGCCUUCAAAAAUCCUUAGUUAGAACCCUGUUUUAAACUGUUAUGUUACAUUUUCAUUAAGUACAUGAAGUAACUUAAAAUUUUUACUUUCAGGUUUCAUAUUUCAAGAUUUCUUGAGCCUUUAUUGGUACAUCAUCUCUCUAAAGAUAGAAAUACUUCGUGUAGAUAAUAGCCAGAAUGCCAAAGUUAAGGAAAAGGAGGGAUGUUCCUUCACAGAGAAAGCGUAAGAAAGUCCUAUCUACUGACUUGCAUAUUGACCAUUCAUAUUGUAUGCCGAACGAGGAAAUAGUUCAGUUAUGUCUUAAAGAAGAAGUAGGAGUGUGUGGAGAAAGGAUUGACCCUGACUUUACUAUGUACACAGCUGAGCCUGUAGGGGACAUAGAAUGUACAUCCUAUGAAGAAGAAGUAGCUACAGUAUCGUAUACAGACCCAUUCGAUAAACUUAAGCAAGAUGUUGUCCAGAGUGGUUGCAUUAGUUCACCAUAUGUUUUACACACAACCAGUGAUUCUAUCAAGAUAAUGCUCUUAUAUCCGUCCGCUGAAAGAAUAUCUGUUAAAUUGAAUGUGAUGAUAAAUAGAGAUUUUUUUGCCAAAGUAUUUGUCCAUAGAAUCCAGCUUAGCCAAGACCAUGACCUAUGGAUUGGUUUACCAAGAGUUUUUGACAGCGUUAAACAUAUCCAGUCUUUACUUUUGAAAUUACAGAGUUAUUCUGUGUGUACAGGAAAUUUCGAGGCAGAUUUAAUGGCUUUCAUACCAGUUGGCACCUCUGUCGAAAACGCAGAAGGUUCUGCAAGUAGUCAAGGUUUUAGAGAAGGUGACUUUGAGGCAGUGAAAGGUACCAUUUCUUACUCGUCCACAGUGCGAAGCAUGAACUGUUUACUACUUGUGCAGGGAAACAGAUGUUCACCAUGUAGUCAAUUAGUAAGAGUGUUGAUAAGUCGAAAGCACAGAAGAGAAGAGAAAGAGAGAAAAAGUAAGAAAAAUGUACCAAAUUAUUUGUGUAGUACUAUAGGACAUUCCAAGAUGUCUCGACAUGAAUUGAUCACCAAAAUUCACCAGCAGAAAGAUAAGAUUACAACCCUGCAGAGUGAAAUUGACAAAACACAACGCAAGUUUCAACGUGAGGUUAGUAGUAGAGGUGUUACAUUAGACUUCUGUCAGUCACUUGAAAUGCAAGAUACUAUGGCAGCAUGUUCAACGGAAAUAAUGAAAGCCUUUCCUGAUGCCAAUUCGUAUCAACGCCUUUUCUGGGCAGAACAACAAAAAAGCACUAAUGUGAAGUCCUUGAAGGGUAUGCGAUGGCACCCAAUGAUAUUGAGAUGGUGUUUGUACUUACGUCACAAAUCAAUUGCAGCAUACGAGGCUUUAAGAGAUUCUGGUUUCAUUACUCUUCUACGUUCAAGGACAUUGUUCGAUUAUUCUCAUUACACUAAAAGUGACAAUGGAUUUUUGCCAGAUGUAGUGAAAGAAUUGAAAAAUGAGGCUUCAAAAAGAGACAUGUACAGUAAAGUUGAUCCAUGGAAGAAUUGUUAUAUGAGUGUUUGGUAG